AUGGAGGGCCGCGUUCGUGUAGACCGCCGCUUUGACUGGGUCGGUCCGCCAGAUCGAACCUCAAAAAUUCGAUCUAUUUUGUGAGCUUCAUAUCAUUUCGUGCAAAAAAAAGGAGUUUUGAUUCAGACUGAGAAGAGUGGACAACGAAACGGCCUUGGAAAGAGAUUAUCGAGAGGCCCGAGAGCAGCUCAACAAGUUCCUCGUUCUUUCUUCUCUGAUAACAAUUGAAUGGAUCGUGAUAGACUUUGAAAAUAAUUUUAAGACUUAUGAAAAAAAAACUGAUAAAUUAAGUUUAGAAGAUGGAAAGAAAAAGAAUUUAAAGAAAACUUUAUAAGGCGAAUUGUACGAGUUUGGAAAAUUUUUAGUGGAAACGUAAUAUGGCAGUUUAUACAUCGCAUUUUUUGAUUUAGUGGUUUUUGAAAACUUUAUAAGCCUUCAAAAAACAAAAGGAAUUUCAGUAUUGUUUCAAUUUUAUUAUGCACUUUACUUUAGCAACAAAAAAAAAAUUUCAGAUGGAACUCAGAUUUUUGGACUCGUCACAACACGCUGUUUGACGACAAGAAGAGUCGAUUUAUUGAAAUGGUUCUUUUUUAUUCCUGGAAUGUAUCAAAAAAGAAGUUUCAGAAAAAAGCGCAGCUAGGACCGUUGGAAACAGUUUCAGCGAACGAACUUUCGAGGUUUUACCGGGAUUUUCUCAACGAAAGACAUCCUGCAAUGAUGGCCUAUAAUAAGUUAGUUCCUUAAUUUUCGAUUUUGGGGCAAGAAAUGAUGGAAUCAUUUAUUUUCAGAGAAUGGUACUGCCGGAAUUUGGCUUUAAUAUGGCCCGCCCUGAAAGUCAACGUCGUCAGAUUCGUGCGGCUGUUGAAGCGAUGA